UGAUGUUCUACCUUAUGGCUCAUUUCAAUGUUUACAGUUUUUUUCUCAAACGGAACCAAGAACCAGUCCAUAAAUAUUCAUACAUCUCAGAAUCUUCACUGGGUUUCGGAGUUUUGUUUUGCUGCUGCGUCUCCUUCAGGAACAGCCUCUUCCUCCCUGACCGCUGCGGCGUGUGGCGCCCCCUGCAGGGCCUCCUUCAGGGUGAGGACGCUCCGGUCUGAGUCCCGCAGCACGCCCUCCUCCGCCGACUCCUCGGGAUGGUGCCUCCUCAGAUGUUUGACCACCUGGAACCGCUGCUUGGCUCUGUAGGCGCAGUGGCGGCAGGAGAACGGCCGCCGCUCCGUGUGGGACAGGAAGUGAUGUCGGAGACCCGCCGGCCACCGGAACGAUUUCUGGCACAGUCCGCAGGCGUACGCUCGGUCGUCCGUGUGCUUCUUCUGGUGGGUCUUCAGGAUGAAGCUGGUUUUAAAGGCUUUGCCGCAUUUCUCGCAGACGUAAGGUCGAAGGUCGCGGUGCUGCGUGUCGCGGUGUGCGCGCAGGGCGUCUGCUCGGUUGGUGCGGUACCCACACUCGUCACAGCAGUAUGGUUUCUCCCCUGGAGGAUUAAACAAUUCAGCAGGAGGGGCUACAGGGUUAGCAUCAUGCCGCUGUCGGACUUCCUUGACGGCCUGAAGGACAACCCAUACUUCGGUGCUGGGUUCGGACUGGUCGGCGUCGGGACAGCGCUGGCCGUGGCCAGAAAGGGAGCCCAGGUGGGCAUGGUGUUCUUCCGAAGGAACUACAUGAUCACCCUGGAGGUUCCCAGCAGGGACAAGAGCUACCACUGGCUGCUGAGCUGGAUCACCAAGCACGCUACCCACACGCAGCACCUCAGCGUGGAAACCUCCUACAUGGCCCACGAGAGUGGACGGGUCCACACGCAGUUCGACUUCCACCCGAGUCCAGGGAAUCACAUCAUCUGGUACGGCAGGAAGUGGAUCCGGGUGGAGCGGACCAGGGAGAAGCAGAUGCUGAAUCUGCAGACCGGGACUCCGUGGGAGUCCAUCACCUUCACCGCUCUGGGCAGAGACCGACAGAUCUUCUUCAACAUCCUGCAGGAAGCGCGGGAGCUGGCGCUGAAGCAGGAGGAGGGACGCACCGUCAUGUACACGGCCAUGGGCGGCGAGUGGAGGCCCUUCGGGUUUCCACGGCGACGCCGGCCCCUCAGCUCCGUGGUGCUGGAGGCCGGCGUGGCCGAGCGCUUGGUGGACGACGUGAAGGAUUUCAUCGGGAACCCGCGCUGGUACACGGACAGAGGGAUUCCCUACAGGAGAGGCUACCUGCUGUUCGGGCCUCCAGGAUGCGGGAAGAGCAGCUUCAUUACGGCGCUGGCCGGCGAGUUGGGCUACAGCAUCUGCCUGAUGAGCCUGAGCGACCGGACGCUGUCGGACGACCGGCUCAACCACCUGCUGAGCGUGGCGCCGCAGCAGAGCAUCAUCCUGCUGGAGGACGUGGACGCCGCCUUCGUCAGCCGGGAGCUGCUGCCCACCGAGAACCCGCUGGCCUACCAGGGAAUGGGCCGCCUGACCUUCAGCGGCCUGCUGAACUCGCUGGACGGAGUCGCUUCGUCUGAGGCCAGAAUCGUCUUCAUGACCACCAACUUCAUCGACAGGUUGGACCCGGCGCUGAUCCGGCCCGGCCGGGUCGACCUGAAGCAGUACAUCGGUCACUGCACCGCCUGGCAGCUGGCCCAGAUGUUCCGGCGGUUCUACCCGGACCAGCCGCCGUCGGAAGGAGAUCGCUUCGCUAAGCUAGCGUUAGCCGCGCAUACGGAGAUCAGCGCCGCCCAGGUCCAAGGACACUUCCUGCUGCACAAAAUGGAUCCAGCAGGAUCCAUAGUCAAUGUGGCCCAAAUACGAGGAUGAUGGAUCAGAACCGGACUGAACAGAAUAAAGAGAUUAUUUAACAGGAAAUCUCUAGUUUAUUGUUUAUUAAGAACAACAAUAAACCAGAAAAAGUUGGUUAGAAAUGCA